UCGAGUAUUAUGAGUUGCAUUUUUUGGAAUUGUCAAGGGCUUGGGGCGCCCUUGACAAUUCACGUGCUCGGAGAACUUCUCCGGGAUCAUCGACCCCUGCUGGUGUUUCUUUCGGAAACGAAAGCAACACUCUCACAAAUAAAUAAUUUGAAAUCACGGUGGAAUCUUAAUGGGAUUGGUGUGGCAAAAGUUGGUAAUUCGGGUGGUCUAGCUAUGUUUUGGCAAAAAGAGGUAGACGUGGAUCUUAUCAGCUAUUCAGAUCACCAUAUUGAUGUGGAGGUCUCGGAUCGAAUUUGUAAUAACAAAUGGCGAGUCACGGGAUUUUAUGGAAAGCAUACGAUCGAAAAUGCUAGUAAAAGAACUAAUUACAUGGCUAUUAAAUUGGACAUCAGUAAAGCAUACGAUCGAAUUGAAUGGUUUUUCCUGAAAAAAAUUCUUUCGCACUUUGGUAUUCCGGCUGUUUUUGUUGACCUUGUUAUGCUUUGUGUAUCAACUGUUUCAUUCUCCUUUUUGUUCAACGGCGCACAGUUUGGCUAUGUAAAACCAUCGAGGGGCCUCAGACAAGGGGAUCCUCUAUCUCCGUAUCUAUUUAUUUGUUGCGCCGAAGCACUAACGGCCAUGAUUACCAAGGCGUCAGACCGAGGCGUUUUUCAUGGAGUCCGAGUGGCAGCAUCAGCCCCUACGGUGACGAGUCUUUGCUUUGCCGAUGACACUCUUAUUUUUGGCAAAGCAACCGAGGCCAAUUCCAGGGUCUUGAAAGACAUUUUACUCAAAUAUGCCCGAAUCUCGAGGCAAGAAAUAAAUUUUGACAAAUCUACAAUGAAGUUCAGCCCGUCCACCACCGAGGAAUUGAAACAUGGGCUACAUCAGAUCCUUGGUUUUAGAGUUGUGGAGCAGCAUGAUAAAUAUCUGGGCUUGCCAGCAUCUAUUGGUAGAACCAAGAAGGAGAUAUUUGCGUAUCUCCGCGACCGAGUAUGGGCUAAAAUGAAGGGGUGGGGUGAGAAGCAACUUUCCAAAGCGGGAAAAGAAGUCCUAAUAAAAUCGGUCCUACAGGCUAUCCCGUCAUACGUUAUGGGAUGCUUUCUUUUACCGAAUGGUUUGGUGAGGCAUUUGGAGGCAGCUAUACGUCGGUUUUGGUGGGGCAAUGGCACAAAGAAAGGAAUGAAUUGGCUUGCAUGGGUGGAAUUGUGUAAACCCAAAAGUGAUGGCGGUUUGGGCUUUCGGGAUUUAAGCGCUUUCAAUCGGGCAUUAGUUACGAAGCAGGUUUGGCGUAUUCUAUCGAAUCCCAAUCUUCUUCUAUCAAGGAUUAUAGCCGCUCGAUACUUCCCUCAAGGCGAACUCCUCUCAGCGCGGCUAGGGUCUCGACCUUCCUCCACGUGGAGGAGCAUCUGGCAAGUUAUUCCUUUUCUGAAGAUGGGCAUUCGACGGCGAAUCGGGGAUGGAAACGACACUUCCGUGUGGUCAGAUCCAUGGCUUCGAGAGGGUGGGAAUUUCAGAAUUAUCACGAAAAGGCCUAUCUAUUCGGCUUUUCCAAACAAAGUGGCUGAUCUCAUUGAUGACUCCACCCAUUCAUGGAAUUUAGAGGUUAUUAAUGGAGUUUUCUGGCCGGUGGAUAUCGACCGGAUUUUAGAGAUUCCAUUGGGGUGCGGUUUUGCAAAGGAUAAGUGGGUUUGGCAUUAUUCGCCUAAUGGAAAGUUCACGGUAAGAUCGUGCUAUCACAUGAUUCUUGCCUCGUCGAUUUCAUCGGAUCAGCAGAGGGGCGACAGAAGUGGCUCGCACAGUGGCGGAAAUUCAGGCGACUUGAAGUUUAUAUGGCAUCUUGAUAUUCCACCUAAAGUGAGGAUAUUCUUAUGGCGGCUGUGUAAAAAUAUUCUUCCAACAAACAAGGAACUAUAUAGGCGAAAAGUGUCUUCUUCACCUCUAUGCGGGCGUUGCUAGAGGGAGGAAGAAUCGACCAUGCACGUUUUGUUUGAGUGUCAAGGGGUGAAGGUCUGCUGGAAUUCCUUGCUAUCUAAUAGUAACUACAGUGCUAACCAACCAUCAGCUUGGCAAUGGUUAAUCAUCAUGCACAAAGAUCAGCCCGCGGAUCGGUUUUUAGUUGCGUCGGUUCUUGCAUGGAAGAUCUGGGAAAGACGA